AUGGAGGACGAGGAUUUUUUACUCGACGACACAGAUGCGUUGCGCGAUUUGAUAGAUGACGAGAGCGAAGAAGAUGAGGCCAUAGUGUUUUCUGACGAUGAAGUCAUUCCUGAAGACGACGAUCCCGAUGACGAGGACUUCGAGGUAGAGCAAGAUAAUUUCGGGUUCAGCGACGAGGACCUAGACGAGGAAGAUAUCGACGAGGACUUUGAGUUUCGCAAUGCUCUUCGAGAAGCCAGAAACUUUAAGCCCAAGCCGGCAAAGGGCAAGAAGACUCGCGGGUUGGCUGCUAUGAGACGGAGGAUGCGCAGAGAGGAGCUUUCACCAGAGGUGAAACAGCUUCUUUCUGAAGCCAACGAAGCAUUUGUGCGCAACGAUCUCCAAACUGCACAGAAUUUGUAUUUGGAAGUGGUCAAGCUCGACAAAAAUAAUUUCAGUGCUUACAAGACGUUGGGAGAGAUAUACAGACUUCAGGGAAAUUACAACAAAUGCUCCAACUUCUGGCUUUUGGCCGCUCAUCUUCACUCAUGGGACUUUGAGUUUUGGCGCACCCUGGCAGAAUUAUCUGCAGAGCUCGAACAUACGCGACAGGCCGUCUACUGCUACUCAAAGGCCAUAUCUGCCAGCAAUGGCAAGGACUAUGACUCGAUCUUUGCGAGAGCUUGUCUGUAUCGUGAACGUGGUCAAUUCAAGCGAGCGAGCGAUAGUCUGCACAAGCUACGAGCCAUCAUGCCUCAAGAGCCCAAGAUAUAUCGCGAAUUGGCCAAAAUAUAUGUUGAGGAAAAUCGCGUCAACGAUGCAAUCAGCAUGUACACCAGGAUUUUCGAGGAGAAUGUGAAAUUCCGCCGCGGAGAAAAGACCGAACUGAAGACAAUUGCGUUUGACUGGUCGGAGCUGAACAUUCUGUUGGAGCUAUACGGUAAGAAGGCGGCCUGGAACGUUGCGAUCAAAACACUCAAGCAGGCCUCGAGAUGGAUCCAACACCGGGAGUCGCAAACGUUCUGGGACGACCUGCCAUCUGUGGAUGUCGAAUUUGAUGAUCGCCGAUUCGAUAACCAGAAGUUCCAGGCUUUAAAAGCAGAAGAAAAAGAUAAAGAGUACUCUCUUCCCAUUGAUAUUCGAGUUCAGCUGGGACUAUUCAGAUUAAACUCAAAAAACACCGACGAAGCGCUUAGACAUUUUGAGUAUGUUCUGAGAGAGAAUAUUCAGGAAACUGCCGAUCUGUUCCUGCGCAUUGGCUCAGAGCUGGAGACUUUUGGUUUAUAUCACGAAGCAUUGCGAUAUUUCUAUCCAGUGUCGGGGGUGUACGAGAAUAAUCCUGCUGAGUUGGUCCUGAGUAUUGCCAAAUGUCUUCGAGAGACAGAAGAUUUCGAGAACGCAAAGGAAGCUUAUACCCGUCUUUUGGAGCACGAUCCAGAUAAUGUCGAAAUCAAGGUGGCCUUGGCAGAGGUCUAUUUUUAUCUUGACGACAUACAGAGUAUGAGCAAGUUGUACAAGGAGGCCAGAGAGCAGCGCAGCAAAGAACGGGCCAGUGCCCGCAACAACCUGCUGAAAGAUUCUGAGGACGAACAGGAAGAACAGGACGAAGAGAUGAGCGACGAGCAGAGUGCAAGAGAUUCUGAGCAGCUUGCAUUAAUUGCUGAAUACCCGUCCUCACGGAGAUCGAAAAAGAAGAAGGUUCUUCCGUUGGAUCCUGAGCUUCUGCAUAAGAAAGAGCUGAAAUCGACAACUCGUAUCAACGAGCAAUACGUGCGCGCGAACAGGCUGCUCGAACGACUGGAGGACGACGCCGAGUCUCUGGGGCACGACAGACACGCAAUUGCGUCGAUGUGGAUAGAUCUGGUCUCUGAGCUUAUCGAGGUGUUCUCUACAUACCGCUGCUUUUUUUCCUCUGACAAGGCGAAGAAGUUCAACACCGGGCUGCGUCGUCGAACCGAAAAACUGAGCAUUGAUCAGAAACUGUCGCGACUUCCGUAUCUGCAGGACGAGAUGAUUCUCUCGAAGGAGAUGGACUCAGGAAGAAUUCCUAUUCCUCAGGAUGAAUUCAAGGGCAUUUCGUUUGAAAAGUGGUUUGACUUGUUUAUGAAGUACUCGCUGAUGAUUUCCGAGUACGAGGGAAAUGUGGAGGAUGCGCUUUCAAUCCACGAAAUUGCGCGCCACAUCAACGUUUUCAAGAAAAAGGAGCUCACGAUUACGCUUCUUGGUCUUUCUGUUGGUUUUAUCACCAACGAGGUCUCCGUCAUAAUGAACCAUUUGCGUAUGCUUAUGAACGACUAUCAGUUUUCUGUGCCGGCGUUGAAGACCUUCUUGGCCGCCUGCAAGCCCACAGAGUUGUUUUACCAUCCAUACGUGGAUGCUCCAAAUCAGAAAUAUAUUCUUCGUCAGAUCAAGACUCAUGACUCGCUCAAAGAAAAACGUGACAUUUCAGGAAUGGCAGCUAUCACCAAUACCAAUGUGGACACGGAGAAAUUCCACCCGCUUCUGAAUUACAUCUACUCCACGUUCCUGUAUAUGAACAAAUCGUAUACGGCUGCAUUGACGUAUAGCCUGAAAAUAUACAGAGACUACUACAACGAUCCGUCGCUGGUGUUUCUGAUGGGCCUUGCAAACCUCCACCGCUCGAUGCAGCGACAAACGAUCAACAAGAACUUUCAAAUAAUCCAGGGUCUGACUUUCAUGCUGGAGUACGCACAAUUGCGCAGGGCUGGAAGCGGCUACGAGAUGGAGAUUAAUUACAACCUCGGCCGCACCUUCAACCUUCUUGGGCUAAACACAUUGGCUCUUCAGUUCUACGAACAGGUGCUCUUGCUUGAUGAGCCUGAUGACGCGUACAAUUUGAAAUACGAGGCCGCCUAUAAUAGCUACCUGAUUUAUUGCUACAAUGGAAAUUUCAAACUGGCGGAAGAAUUAAUGGAUAAAUAUCUGUGUGUAUAA